CAAUUCAUGUCCAGUCUAGCGUGAACAGUGGUAGGCAACAUACCGAUCGGUCGGACGUCUCACGACUCGCAGUUGUUCGUUCAUCUCCAUCCGCGUAGCUCAUCAGCCCACCCAUUUCUACAUUGUGAUUUUUUGAGUGUGUGUGUGGAACUCGACAACUUUUCAAUUUUUUUCUUAUCGGUUUUAUCCACGAAAAAAUAAAAUUCAGUUCGACUUAAUUUAAUUUUUUUUUCUGAAUGAAUUUGAACGUCAGCGGGAAUUUCGACGAUUCCUCAUUUCAGUUUUUCCCGUUUAGCGCCGCAAUCCGGCGGCUGUGACUUGUGAUUGUGCAUAGUGCAAACAACAACAACAACAUUUGGGAUUGAACCAGUGUGCACCAACAACAAUCGAAUUAUUGAUUGAUUCGCGAAUUAAAAUCAAACCAAACCAAACAGAUAAAAAUGCUUUCGCUUCACGAAGGUUUCCCCAUGUUCCCGACGGCCCAUCAUCCGCACCAUCCGCAUCACACGGGCGUCGUCGGUGGCGUCAUGGGUCCCGGCGGAGGUCCGGUGGGUCACAGUACGACGCCUCCGCACCAUGCCCACCACCACCACCAUCACGCCGCCGCCGCCAUUCACAGUCUGACGGCCAGGCAUCACUCGCAGGGGCCGCCGCCACCUCCGCCGUCCUCCUCGUCGGUGGCCGGCCAGCUGAACCUUCACCACGCCGGACACCAUCAAGGGCCUCAUCACCCACACUCUCAUCUCAAUUCGGCCCACCAUCAAAUGGCGGCGGCCAAUCAGGCCUAUUUCGCCGGCUAUGCCCAUCCGCACCACUGGGGCAACGGCGGAGGCGCCCAGGGAGGACACCAGACGGCGCCUAACGCCGCCAUGGAACACCAGCAACAAUUCCAGGUCGGCGGAUUGGUCACGUCCGACGGUGGCAAUUCCUGGCACCCGUCACCGGCCGCUGUCUACACCGGCCUGUCCAGCAGCCUCUCGCCGCGCACUCCCGUCACCUCGGUGGGUUACGAGGAAUGGGUCAAUUCGCCGCCCAACAACAACGGCCAACAACAGCAACAACAGAGCGGCGGAGUCAGCAGUCCGGACGGUAGUCCCAACAACUUUGGCCAGCAACAGCAAGGCAAUGCGGCCAACAACGGGCCCAGCAGUCCGUCGCUUUCCGAUCAGCAGCAACUCAGCAGUUACUCGGCGGCUGCAGCGGCCGCCGCGGCCUACGGCAAAAUGUUCAGUUCGAGCGGGCCGGGCGACUUUAUUUCCCCCCAUCACGCCCAUCUGCACCACCAACAUCACCACAACAACCACGGGCAGAUGAUCGUCGAUCCCAUCCGGAUGAACGCCGGAGGAGUCAUCACCGGACACCAUUCACCCGAUUCCGGCCUGGCUGGAAGUGACGGUCUCAGUAGCGCCGGCUCACCGGCCCAGCAGCAACAACAGGGAAUGCUGGGCGGCGGCUCAACCGGCAACAACUUAUUAAACCUGCAACAACAGCAGCAACAACAGCAAAACGCUUCGGGUUCACAGGGGGCCAUGACGGGCCCGUCGUCGGCCGGCUCGAUGAGCCAACAGAACCAACAGCAACUGGUCGGAUCCAACGGCGCCGGAAUGGUCAACGUCUCCCGGCCUCAACCGUCUCGUUCGCCCUACGAGUGGAUGAAAAAACCUUCGUUCCACAGCACCAACGUCAAUCCAGACUCGGAUGUGUUCUCAGCAGGGAAGACGAGGACCAAGGACAAGUAUCGCGUCGUCUACACGGACCACCAGCGGCUCGAGUUGGAGAAAGAGUUCCAUUACAGCCGCUACAUCACCAUCCGGCGCAAAUCAGAGCUGGCCAGCGUCCUAGGCCUCUCCGAACGACAGGUCAAGAUAUGGUUCCAGAACCGACGGGCCAAGGAGCGCAAACAGGUGAAGAAGCGCGAAGAAAUGCUGCACAAGGAGAAACUGGACGUCGUUCCGUCCCUGGGAUCUGUCCAGCAACAGCAGCAGCAGCAACAGCAACAUCACCUUCACUCCGGCCAGCAGCAGCAGCAGCAGCACAUGCAACACAUGGGCGUCCAGCAGCAACACCCCAGCUUGGUCAGCAAUCCUCAAAUUUCCUCGUCCAUGCACAUGGGAUCCGUCGUCCAGAUGGACACCAAGCCCGUCUUAGGGCUCGAUUGAAUUUCGUUCGCUUCUUUUUCGAAUUGAAGCGCGAAAUUCGAAUCGAGAGCUCACGCCGCCUUGUACAGACAAAACUUUGUGGCUGGAUCGAAAAACAAACAAAUAAGGGUUUGGCUUCUUUUAGAUUUCGGUUUGAAAUGUCCGAAUUAUAAAAGAGCGCCAAAAAUGAAAUCGUUUGAAAUUUAAAAAAAGAAAUUUUGAUUCGAUUCCGCCCUGUGCCCUGCCCUCAAUCUCUCGUAACAAGAGCAUUCCAGUGACGUCACGGAUCCCCCUCCCCCUUCUUUUUUGUGUCUGGAAGAACAAACAAUCAAAGCAAGUCGUCGUUGUAUCGAUAUUUUGAAGUGGUGUCUGUGGUGCUGACGUGCUGACCCUGUUUCUUCCUCUCUCUCCAAUUCAUUGCAGCAUCAAAUAUCCACUUGUGCGUGUCUCUUUUGUAUGUUCGAUUGUACGUGUACAGUAUCCGUAUUAUAUAUAUAUCAUAGUGCCUCCUCUUUCUCUCCCUUAUUAUUAUUAUUCGUCUUUUAAAAAAAUUCACGACAAAUGGUUUGGGGAUUUAAAUUUUUUUUUGGUCCCCGGGAAAAUUUGAAAAAUAGCAGAAAAAAAAACAAAAAAAAAGUUUGAACUUUGAAAAUCAAAAAUUAAUGAACAAAAAAUGUUUGCGCGAAAAUGAGAAAUUCUGUUUCGAUUUUUUAAAAAAUAAUUUGUACAGACUUUAAUUAAUAUCUAUACACACUAUCUUGCAAAACUCCGGAUGUAAUCGUAAAUAGUUCUUGUCAUAUCUCUUUUUCUCUCCCCCUUUUUUUCCCCCACCCACUUUCUCAAAUGUAUUUUGAUUUCUAAAAUUUGGUUUUAGACUCCCGAUUUUCGCGUUCUGUUGUCCUUCAUAAUGUUCUUUCAUAAUUUUUUUUUUAAAAACCGUGUUACAUAAUUAAGACUGAUUGGCGGCGCCUAUCUUCGAUUCGUUCUCCCUUAUCCCACCCACCCACCCAUCCCCCAAUCACAAUAAGAGACACAACUAGAAAUUUGUUUUUGAGUUUGUCUGAUUUUUUGGCAUCUAAUGCUUUGUAUCAUAGCCUCUAUACUACCGUUUCGAAACAAGAAUAAUGCCGAAAAAGUGCAAAAAAAAAAUGAAUUUGAUGACUGCUGUGUGUGUGUGUGCUGCCCGAAUUGUCUUUUAUUUUGGGGGUUUUUCCCAUAAUUCGACAAAGAAAAAUAAUGUUCUCCCCUCCGCCGCCCUUGAACGAUCCGUUGAUUUUAUUAUAAUAGUAAGCCUCUAUAUUUGACUAUAUACCGCACACACGAAUACAAAACCGAAUAAUGAAAAGAAUUAAAAAUGAUCAAAUAUAUCCCGCUGUUUGCUGAGACGAUAGGAGAAACGGUUUCUUCUCCGGGACCCGUUGCGUUGUUCUUUUUUUUGAGAAAAAUUGAAAAAAAAGUCGAGUGACAGGAGAACACAAGAACAGUUAUGUAAUAGGCCUAUAGAUAGACCAUCUCUUUGUUUCUUCUCUAGAUCUCAUUAAAAAGAAAGUGAGGUUACAUGUAAUGGUUGUUGGAACUUUGAAUGAAUUCCCAUCCGUUAAUUUCUCAGCUGCUGACUAUCAAAUCCAAACAAAAAAAAAGAAAAAAAACAACAUUUCAGUUCAUCUUUUAUUCCACCGAAUCGUCGUGUUAUAUGUGUAUACAUUUAAAUGACGUGUGUAUUACCGCAAAAUCAAAUGAAUAUUCUUUUUCCCAAAUCUUUUGUUCGUGUAUUUUCCAAAAGAGUUUGUUGUGCUGUGUCACUGUGCUGCCGGGCGCGUUAUUAUAUAUAAUUCCUAUCUGGUUCCAUCUGACGUUAAUUGCAACUGACGAACAAAAUCCAACUUUCUUGUUUGUUUUUCCCCUCCAAAUAGUAUACAUACCACAAUAAUUAUUAUACAUACACAAUAUUUCAUUCAUAAUAUUCGAGUGAUAUGUGCCGUCGCAUACAGUAUAUUCAUCUGUACACUUACGCGAUUAUCAGUUUCAAUCCUUAUAUCUAAUGACUGAAUUUUAAUUCUUUUUUUUUCCUGGUUGGAUUUAUUUCGUUUCUUUAGAAUAUUAUUCCCAUUCGAUUAUCGUGUCUGCCUCGCCCUCCCCAUAUAACAUUUUCUUAUAACUCGUGUAUUUCCAUAUAUAGAUAUGGAAGAUAUAAGAACGGACGAAUAAUCAAUAAGCGUGCGUGUGUUAUUGCCACGUUAUUCCAUGUUAUAUUAUUAUCCUUAUGCUGUAUACGUGUGUAUCAUAUGAUGACGAAGAUAACAAUGAUCUUUCUAUGAAAAA